GAUUAAGGUCAUGGAGAGAAAAUGUUUACUGAGGCAAAACAUGCCUUUAAAGACUGACACAUUUUCAUGUUUAAUUUUUCUGUUGUUUGCAGAUGAGGAUUCUUGCGAGGAUCCAUUUAAUGCAUAUAAAACGGCUAAAACCACCAUCACAUGUGAAUAUCCAGACAAAUACAGGUCAAAUGUCAAGUUUUUCUGCAAAGACAGCGGCUUCAUCUGUGAGGACAUCCUUUCAACAGAAUCUCCUCUGAGGUCAAACGGGAUGUUCAGUCUCAAUAAAACAAGAAGAGGUUUUAACGUGUCCAUCAGUAACGUGUCCACGCAGCAUCUGGGCGACUACUGGUGUGGACUGAAAUCUGAAGAUGGAAUUUCCCGAGCUGGACUGAAGCAGAUUCAUCUAAAUGUUGAAGAUAUUCCUACCUCUGAAUUGUCUCUGGCUGUUGGACAGACUUUUACGUUCAGGUGUGACUAUCCAGAAAGUUCUAGCAUAUUUGGAUUUUUCUGUAAAGGAGAGGAUCCCUCUUCAUGUCAGACUCUAAUAAGCAAUCAGAGGUCACGCAGAAGCACUGGGAGGUUUUCCUUGAAGGAAGAUCUUCUUAAAACACAGAUCAUCAUCACAGUGACAGGAGUCACAGCAGAGGACGCUGGGACGUACUGGUGUGGUACACAUUUCUUCGGCUCAGCAUUUAACAAGUUCUACCACAGAUUUCUGGUGACUGUAGGUGAGUGAUUCAGACUGUUGGUCUCUCGUCUCUUUUUGAAUCUGUAGGAUUACGAUCAGAUUUUGUAUCGUUUAGUAAUCUGAGUUGGAAGGCGUUGAUCGUAAAAUGUGUGCAGAGCAGAAGAGGAGGAACGCAAACGCUAGUUGGCAGAGCAUCAAUUUAGCACACAGAGCAGAUCGAGUGGGACAGGAAGUCAGACACCAGAACAACAUGAAACACAUCCGGUUUAUUUUUCAGAAUAAAACACUUGUGUGUUUGUUGAUGAGUUUAUACGGUUUUAUUACACAUGCAUCGUAUUAUC